CUUCUUACUUACAGCUGGCGACCCGCUCGAUUGAGCCGUCGUUUGGCCUGCUGUUUGGGGACACGCUGCGCGAUCUCAGUGUGGGCACCACCGGAGCGGCCGUCAUCAUCAGCACGAUGGACGUGUGCAUGAACUUCUCGGGCCUGUUUGUGGGGCCGCUGCUUAAGGAGUUCUCCUACCGCAAGGUGGCCAUCGCUGGCUCCCUGCUGUGCGGCCUGGGCCUGGCCCUGACCUCGCCGGCAACGACAAUGGCCCACAUACUGAGCACGUACAGUGUGAUCAACGGCAUCGGCGUCGGGCUGUCCACGUCGGCGGCGUUUGUGGCGCUCAAUCAUUACUUCAAGCAUAAGCGCGGCCAGGCGGUGGGCCUCUCCAUGGCCGGCACGGCGAUGGGCAUGCUGAUAAUGCCGCAGCUGGUGCGAAUUCUGCUGGAGGCGUAUGACUUUCGUGGUGCGGUCCUCUUGCUGGCGGGCGUGGCGCUGAACGCAAUUGUCGGCUCGGUGCUGCUGCAGCCCGUCAAGUGGCACAUGAAGGAGGAGUUCGAUGACGAGGAGCUGAUGUGCAUCUCGGCGCUGCCGACGCCGCAGCCCCAGCUGACGGCCGGCACUGGGGCAGCAGCGAAUCCGGCGCCCACCUUCAAUGUGAUCAAAGAGGAUGGCAACGAGGAGGAUGCACUGCCGGAGCUGAAUACGCUGCUCUUCAACAAGCAUCACCAUCAGCACGGCCAUCCGUCGAUGCGCAAGAAUUACUCCGAAAUGGCCAUGAACACGAUGAACGGCUCCCGACUGGGCCUGACCAAGCGGCCGACCUUUCCGCGCAUCAUGUCCCUGGCCGGUGUGCAGUCCGCGGACGUGGGCAGCGGCAGCGGCGGCUAUCCCUCACAGGCGGAGAUCAAUACGACGCAGUUGCGCUGCCGCAAGGCGUCGGUCACCUCGAAUCUGUCCUACAUGGACUUCACCGGCUCCAUACUCCAGGUCCAUUUGAAUACCGGCGACGAUGAGUUCGAGCGCAAUGAUCUGGAGCUGCGACGCGUUGGCACCGCCACCGGCAGCAUUCUGGGCGGGCAUCGUGACAGCUUCAUCAAAAUGAAACCCACCGAGCUGGAGAAGCAGCAGACCGAACUGGACAACGAGGAGGCCAAGAAGAACGCCAAGAAGCCGGGCUUCUGGCGUCGUUUCGCCGAUCUCCUGGACAUAGCCAUGCUCAAGGACAAGAUGUUUCUCAAUCUGCUGUUCGGCCUGUCCAUCUUCUACGUGGCCGAGAUGAACUUCAAAAUGGUGACGCCCUUCUUCUUUGCCAACCUGGGCUACUCCAAGUCCGAUGUGGCCUACUGUCUGUCGAUAACAGCCAUCACGGACAUUGCAGCGCGUAUCGUACUGCCGCCCAUCUUCGACAGGACCACGAUCAAGAAACGCACCAUCUUCCUGGUCUCGAUCAUCUUUGUGGCCAUCACGCGCUCCAUUAUGGCAGAGCAAACGGAUUGGACACAGCUCAUGGUCUGGCUAUCCAUUUGCGGCUUCUUCCGCGGCUCGGCGCUAAGCAACUUCACGCUGACCGUCUCCGAGUAUUGUUCGCUGGAGAAGCUGCCCUCGGCCUUUGGCUGGCAUCUGGUGGGCAAGGCGUUGUUUGUCAUCAGCUUCGGCCCCCUGAUCGGUCUCAUUCGUGAUCUAACCAAGAGCUAUCCCAUUUGCAUUCAUGCGCAGAGCGUUUGCAUUAUGAUCUGCGCCGUUGCCUGGGGCAUUGAGUAUUUGGUGGAGUUUAUUCAGUCGCGUCGUCGCACCGCCGAUGUGUCGCAGGAGGGCGCAGCUGAAGCAGCGUCAGCGUCAGCGUCAGCGACAGCGACAGCGCCAGCCGGCCAGGAUGUCAAGCUGUAAUAUGAAGGCCAAAGAUCAACAGAGAAUCAAACAGAGAUGCAGAAUAUAAACAACAACAA